GGAAUCAGUUACUCUUCUACGCUUCAUUCGGUUAGAUGCCCUGUGUGACAAGUCGCGCGGCUAAAUCACGUGCUAAGUUUUAGUGUAGUGUUUGUCAACGACAACAACGGCCGUAUCAGUCAACCGAUCUACACACCCAAAAAUGGCUUCUCCCGAAUCAAGUGAUAAAGAAGCACGGAAUAAUUACUCAGCAGUAGAACGGGAUGUGCCGGAAAUCCCCGCCUGGUUAGAUGAGAAGUUUUUCGAAGAUAUUUUCGUGACCAAGGUCAAUCUGGAACGGGGUAAAUUUAAAGUCAACAUCAAUGCCAUUGUGCCAACUGGUGGCGCCGGGGAGAAUUACACCUCACUGUUGUAUCGGGUGGACGUAGCAGCUGAGUGCGAAGAUGGUACAAGCAAAAAUUUAAAGCUUAUUGCGAAGGCAAUGAUCACCGAACCAGCAUUGAAAGCUUUCAGUGUAUUCACCAAAGAACAAUGUGCAUACGAGCAACUGUUGCCUUCUUUGGAACGGCUCUGGUCAGACGAAGGUACAGCAGUCCGUUUUGGUCCCCGUUGUUGGAAAUCGGUUGAGGGCGAUGUUGAUAUCAUUGUCUUAGAUGACCUAUGCGCCGAAGGGUACAAGGUAGCAAACCGGCAGAAGGGAGCAGAUAUGAACCAUGCACGAAUACUACUGGCUAAGCUAGCUAAGUUCCAUGCGGCUGGAGCCGUUGACUAUAGAAAGAAUGGACCGAUCCAUGAAUUGUAUAACAAAGGCAUGGUUCAACCGGAAUCAAAGCCACUAUUCGAUCAGUAUUUAAAGGUCGUAGGACCAGUGUUUCUUGCAUCAAUGGAAACCUGGACAGGACAUGAGAGAUAUCAAAAUAAAAUGAGACAAAAUCUACAAGGCAUAUACGAGAAACUACGUGACGCAACAUCGAAGGAUGAUUCCAGUUUCGUAACGCUCUGUCACGGUGACGUUUGGACCAAUAAUCACAUGUUCAGCUAUCAUGAAUCCGGUGAACCAUCGGAUGUACUUCUGCUUGACUUCCAAAAUCCAUACUAUGGUUCACCAGUUCAAGAUUUGUUCUACUACAUCAUAUCAUCCUCCGCAUUGGAACUGAAAAAAGACCACUUCGAUGAAUUAGUACAGUAUUAUCAAUCGUGCCUAGCGGAGAGUCUGGAAAAAUUGAACUACUCUGGUGCGGUGCCGAAUCUUCGCGAUAUCCACAUUGAGAUGCUAAAACGAGGCUUCUUCGGAAUGCAGUGCCUGUAUGGGAUACUUCCGAUCGUCUUGGCCGAUAAAAAUGACAACGCUAAUUUUGCCGGAUUUUUUGGAGAAGAUGAAAAAAGUCAAAAAUUUCGGCAAGAUGUUUUCUACAAUCCAAUAUAUCAUGAGCAUUUGAGAGUUCUGUUGAAGCUCUUCGAUUCUCGGGGGUUACUGGAUUUCGAGGUGGUCGACAAACGUUCUCCGAAUACUUUAAUCGCAUUGGUAACAGUUAGUUCUGCCACAUCCAACAUUUUCGAUUACUUUGCGUGCGAAAUGAUUUCUUCCGAAUCAAGUUCCAAGGAAGCGAUAAACGACUCCUCAGAAGUAGAGCAGGAUGCGCCGGAAAUUCCUGCCUGGUUAAAUGAAAAGUUUUUCGAAGAUAUUUUCGUGACCAAGGUCAAUCUGGAACGCGGAAAAUUUAAAGUCAACAUCAAUGCCAUUGUACCAACUGGUGGGGCCGGAGAGAAUUACACCUCACUGCUGUAUCGAGUGGACGUAGCAGCUGAGUGUGAAGAAGGAACCAGGAAAGAUUUGAAGCUCAUAGUGAAGGCAAUGAUUGCAGACCCGAACUUAAAAGCAUUCAACGUGUUCACGAAGGAGCGAUGUGCAUAUGAGCAACUGUUGCCUUCUUUGGAACGGCUCUGGGCAGACGUAGGUACAGCAGUCCGUUUUGGUCCCCGUUGUUGGAAAUCGGUUGAGGGCGAUGUUGAUAUUAUUGUCUUAGAUGACCUAUGCGCCAAAGGGUACAAGGUAGCAAACCGGCAGAAGGGAGUAGAUAUGAACCAUGCACGAAUCCUGCUGGCUAAGCUAGCUAAGUUCCAUGCUGCCGCUGCCGUUGACUAUAGAAAGAAUGGACCGAUCCAUACAUUGUUCGACAAAGGCAUGAUUGACCCGGAAACAAAGCCCCUAUACGAUCAGUACUUGAAGGUCAUAGGGCCAGUGUUUCUUUCAUCAAUGGAAACCUGGACGGGACAUGAGAAAUAUCAAAAUAAAAUGAGACAAAAUCUUCAAGGCAUAUACGAGAAACUACGUGAAGUAACCUUGAAGGAUGAUUCCGGUUUCGUGACGCUUUGUCACGGAGAUGUUUGGACCAAUAAUCACAUGUUCAGCUAUGAUAAAUCCGGUGAACCAUCGGAUGUCCUUCUACUCGACUUUCAAGUUCCUUUCUAUGGAUCACCGGUUCUAGAUUUAUUCUAUUACAUCAUAUCAUCAACCACACUAGAGCUGAAAGAAGAUUGCUUCGAUGAACUAGUACAGCAUUAUCAAUCGUGUCUAGCGGAGAGUCUGAAAAAAUUGAACUACUCAGGUGCGGUGCCAAAUCUUCGAGACAUCCACAUUGAGAUGCUAAAACGAGGUUACUUCGGAAUGCAGUGUCUAUACGGAAUAAUGCCGAUCGUUUUGGCCGAUAAAAAUGACAAUGCAAAUUUUGCCGGAUUUUUUGAAGAAAGUGAAGAAAACCGGAAAUUCCAACAUGAUGUGUACUACAAUCCCCGAUAUCACGAGCAUUUGAGAGUUCUGUUGAAGCUCUUCGAUUCACGGGGAUUAUUGGAUUUCGCUUAGGCCGUGGGGCGAAAAAAGUAGACCAAAUUGCAUAAGUGAUUAGAUAAAAUUAUAUUUUAUGUAGUAACAAAUAAAGAUAGCAUGUUAUCAUUCCUCAAAA